GGCAGAGCCUAUAAAGGGCCGCAGUCACCCCGGCUCUGGGCCCGCCCCGCAGGCCCCUGGCUCCCGCCUCGGGAUGGCCCCAGCCCUGGCCCACAGCCGCCGCCUGCUCCGGCUCCCCGGAGCUCUCCUGUUGCUGCUCCUGCUGCUGCUCGCGUCUCUGAACCGAGUUCUGGCUCGGCCGCCCCCGCCACUACCUGACUCAGCACUCAAGGAGGAUGGAUCCUGGCUUGAGGCUGGCCCCCAGGCUGCAGCCUCCAAGCCAAUCCUUCCCAUGCAGGAUGCUCCUCGGUGGGCCACAGCUCAGGGCCGCCCCCGCUGCGGUGUGCCCAACCUGCCUCACAGAUUGCGCCUCCAGAACCGGCAAAAACGCUUUGUGCUGUCUGGUGGGCGCUGGGAGAAGGUCAACCUUACCUACAGAAUCAUGCGGUUCCCCUGGCAGCUGGUCAAGGAGCAAGUACAGCAGAUGAUGGCCGAGGCCUUACGGGUAUGGAGCAAUGUGACCCCACUUACCUUCACGGAGGUGCAAGAAGGCAGGGCAGAUAUCAUGAUUGACUUCACCAGGUACUGGCAUGGAGACAAUCUGCCUUUUGAUGGACCUGGAGGCAUUUUGGCUCAUGCCUUCUUCCCCAAGACCCACCGGGAGGGGGAUGUGCACUUUGACUACGAUGAGACCUGGACCAUUGGGAAUAACCUGGGCACAGACUUGCUCCAGGUGGCUGCCCAUGAGUUUGGCCACGUGCUGGGCCUCCAGCACUCAAACGAAGCCAAGGCUUUGAUGUCCCCUUUCUAUACCUUCCGCUACCCUCUGAGCCUGAGCCCAGAUGACCAGCAGGGGAUCCAGCACCUCUAUGGACGGCGGCUUGUGCCCAGCCCAGAGCCCCACCCGGGCCUGGCCCCUCCAGCUCCAGGCCCCACCAGGCCCCACCCCAAAGUGCCUCCCCCUCCCCAGCCAGGUGACAUAGACACCAACGAGAUCUCCUUGGAGCCAGAUGCCUGCGACACAGACUUUGAUGCUGCAGCCACCAUCCGAGGAGAACUGUUCUUUUUCAAGUCGGGCUUUGUCUGGAGGCUGAGGGCCGGGCAGCUGCAGCCCGGCUACCCAGCCCUGGCUUCUCGCCACUGGCACGGCCUGCCCACCAGCCUUGAUGCGGCCUUUGAGGAUCCACAGGGCAACAUCUGGUUUUUCCAGGGCCCUCAAUAUUGGGUGUAUGCUGGAGAGCAGCGUGUCCUGGGCCCAGCGCCACUCUCUGACCUUGGUCUAACAACCUCAGCCAUCCAUGCAGCACUGGUGUGGGGGACAGGGAAGAACAAAAUCUACUUCUUCCAUGGGGGCAGUUAUUGGCGUUUCCAUGCCAGCACACGGCGUGUUGAUGGCCUUUCCCCGAGAAGGACCACUGACUGGCGGGGAGUACCCUCUGAGAUCAGUGCUGCCUUCCAAGACAGCCAUGGUUAUGCCUACUUCCUCCAUGGUCGCCAAUACUGGAAGUUUGACCCAGUAAAAGUGAGAGUCUUGGAGGGCUUCCCGCGCCUCAUUGGCCAGGACUUCUUCAGCUGUGCUGCACCUGUCACCCUUCCCUCCAAUGCCUUCCUCUAAGCACUGGCCUUGGAGGCCUUGCAUUCCCCCAAACCUUCUUUGGGAGCCGGCCUCCCAUGGGGAUGACCCUGAACCAGGCAGCACUAUUUAUUCAGGGAUGGAAAUGAAGGCUCUGGGAUGAACUAGCUGGGCUCAGGCUCCCCCAUGCCCUCAGCUGGAGGCAGCUGGCUGCCAGCUGGGCUUUCAUGCAGGCCUAGGGAGUCUCGUAGCCUGAGAGUCCAUGUGUUUGGAGGCAGAGAGACUCCAGGCUAUUCUGGUUGUGGCCUACACUGUCAGUUCUGAACCCUGCCUUCUCUGUCAUUGUCCAGAUACAUCCUUUCAGAAUCUCAGCUGGGAUACCCUGCCCCCUGGGGACUCCUCCUAGGUGUCAGUUCUCUUUGGAUUCUCAGAACCUGCUCCACACUGAAGAACUGCCUCUCCCCCUGGACUGACUGCUGUUCCCAGGGGGACAUCAUGGAAGGCCAUGGAGGUGGCUUACCCUUCCCCCAGAGUCCUUUGCCACCCACUCUCCCGGGGAGCGUUGAAUACAUAAUUUCUUUCUACCCUCUAUCCACACCUUCCCACUCGGAAGCCUCUCCUUUCUCCCUAAGCUGUUUCUUCUGAAUGGGGCAUGUCCGUCCCAAGCCAUGGAUCCCAGUUGAGGUGGGCAGGCUCAUCCCAUCCACUCUCAGUGAUCUCAGGAGGCAGGACGUGGCCCCUCACCUAUUGGGAUGUCCCCUUGCUCUUGCAUGCUAUCCACCUUCGGGCCUUACUGUAGGCCUGGGUUUUAUUCGACCUCCUGCCCACCAGUGUGCUUUACAGCUGGCUGUACUUUCUAGCCCCUCCUGGCACCCCAGGCAUCUCGGGACAUUCCUGGUCAAAUCCUGAAGACACAUCCAGGCAGACAGUGGGCCUUUUGGCAUUCCGCUCUCAGUCAGGCCCCUUUAGCAGGGAGUUGCUACCAACACCUGGCCUUCCCAAUUCCUCCUUUUCCUCCUUUCUUCCUGCUCCUUGUCCCAGCCUUCCUGGCAACCCCAAGUCCCACUGACCUGUCCUACUUCCCAGGAUGCUGGGCUGGCCCUUCGCGGGGAUGUUGGCUCACCCUUUUCAUGGUAGGAGAGAUGCCUGGCCAGUCCCCCAGCCCAGGAAUGCCUCCCCUGUGUUUCCCCUCUAGUCUGGCUCCCCCUCAGAGUCCCCAUCCACAGAAGAGAGGGAGGGGUGGUGGGCAGAAAGGGUGGCCCUUGUAUCCAGUCUGGAGAAAGCAAUCUCUUGCAUGCAAAUACUGCCUUCUAUCCUGAGGUACAAGGGUGUCUUCCUUCCCUAACCUCAACCUAGUGUCCACAGGCCUGCUUGAG